AUGCGGGAGCUGCGGGACAUGCGGGAGAUGCGGGGGCUGCGGGACAUGCUGGAGCUGCGGGACAUGCGGGAGCUGCAGGACAAGCAGGAGCUGCGGGAGCUGCGGGAGCCGCGCUGGGCCGGGCCCCGCUCGUGCUCGGGAGCACAGAACGCGCUCACGCCCGCCGGCAGCAGCGGCCCCGGGAGCGGGGGGGAGCGCCGCUGGAGCCGCUCGGGCUGCGCGGGCAGCCACCAAGUGCCACCUGUCACCGUGCUCCGCACAUGUUGGGGCGCGGGCACGGCGCUCCCUGCGGCUCCUGUCCCGCACACAGGCUGCGCUCCGCAACCUGCUCGCCCGCAUGCGGCCGCGCCCCGAGAGCUUCGCACCCCGAGAGCUUCGCCCCCCGAGAGCUUCGCACCCCGAGAGCUUCGCCCCCCGAGAGCUUCGCCCCCCGAGAGCUUCGCCCCCCGAGCCCCCCGAGAGCUUCGCCCCCCGAGAGCUUCGCACCCCGAGCCCCCCGAGAGCUUCGCGCCCCGAGCCCCCCGAGAGCUUCGCGCCCCGAGAGCUUCGCCCCCCGAGAGCUUCGCGCCCCGAGAGCUUCGCGCCCCGAGAGCUUCGCCCCCGAGAGCUUCGCACUCCGAGAGCUUCGCGCCCCGAGAGCUUCGCCCCCGAGAGCUUCGCGCCCCGAGAGCUUCGCGCCCCGAGAGCUUCGCGCCCCGAGAGCUUCGCCCCCCGAGAGCUUCGCCCCCCGAGCCCCCCGAGAGCUUCGCCCCCCGAGAGCUUCGCACCCCGAGAGCUUCGCACCCCGAGCCCCCCGAGAGCUUCGCGCCCCGAGAGCUUCGCCCCCGAGAGCUUCGCACUCCGAGUCCCCCGAGCUCCCCGAGCCCCCCGAGAGCUUCCCCCCCCGAGAGCUUCGCCCCCCGAGAGCUUCGCACCCCGAGCCCCCGAGGCUCGCCCCCCGAGCAGCCCGGCCCGGCCCGGGGCUCUCCAAGCCGCCGCUCGGGGAGCAGGAGGGACGCGGCAAACUGCGCGCUCCGGCCUCAGCCCGAGUGA